AUGACGCAAGACUUGGGACGCUACCUUGGGGUCCCGGUACUCCACGGGCGUAUCACUAAACAGACUUACAAAUAUAUCAUGGAUAAGAUUGAUCAACGUCUUGCAGGUUGGAAAGCGGAUAACCUAUCUCUUGCAGGGCGUGUGACUUUGGCCAUGUCGGUGCUCAAUGCCUUGCCGUCCUAUGCGAUGCAAACGGCAAUGCUUCCUGCGAGUGUUUGUGACUACUUGGAUCGCAAAAUUCGAGCUUUUAUUUGGGGAUCCCAGCAAGGCAGACGUCGGAUCCACCUUAUAAACUGGGAAACUGUUUGUCUCCCAAAGAGCCAGGGAGGGUUGGGUCUGAGAUCGGCAAGAGAACUGAACACAACGUACUUCCUUAAGCUAGCUUGGACAAUCCUCAAGCACCCGGAGGAACUUUGGGUCCGGGUCCUCAAGGAGAAGUAUUUGAGGGAAGGACCCGACGGAGUGGAGCUGAGAAAACGAACCCGGUGUUCCCAUCUCUGGCACGGUGUGAGGCGUGUGUGGGGAAUAAUGCUGAACGGAACUCGGUGGAGUGUGAGAAAUGGCCAAUCUACUUUGUUCUGGACUGAUAAAUGGACGGACAGCGGCACGGCCCUUGAAGAGUUCGCCCGAACGGAAGAGGAGGGAUUCCAAGCACAAGCUACAGUCGCCGAUAUGACCUUGGAAACUGGUGAGUGGAAUUUUGAUCUUAUUGCUCGCUUCUUACCUAUGGAUCUGGCCUUGCAGGUUGUCGGAAUGCCACCUCCACGCGAGCAUCUUGGUGAGGACGAAAUCGUUUGGGGACUUGAAGAGAAGGGGAACUUCACGAUCAAGUCCGCCUACCAACUGGCAGCCGACAUCGACGGGGAGGACGCUGACGACGGGUGGCAGAAGGUGUGGAGGUGGCCAGGUCCAAACCGGGUGAGGCAUUUCCUGUGGCUGAUGGCGCAUGGCUCACUGCUAACCAACGUGGAACGGGAGCGACGACACCUCUCGACCUCAACACUGUGUACAAGAUGCAAACAAGAAGAGGAAUCACCAGAGCACGUCUUCCGCAAUUGUGUCUAUGCGAGGGAAGUUUGGAAGCAGACCCUUCCAACGGCGGUGAACACCCAUGCCGACCAGCAGAGCUUCAAGGAGUGGUUCAUGCACCACUUGUCGAGUCCAGAGAAACAGAGCAGGGACUGGGAAGUUAGAGUGCAACAUAUUUACAGAGAGGCGAAUUUCUUAGCUGAUUGUUUAGCUCACAAGGGUCACCUGUUAGACCCUGGCUCUAUUAGUACUUUCUUUUCCGAUCCUGACAUUGAUCGUUGGCUCUUGUACGAUUCGGUUGGCGGUUUUGUUGUCCGUUCGAUUAACUGUGUCAGGGCCUUUGCAAGCGAUCGACGUAUCCGUGGGUGGGAGACUCAGAGAUGGUGGGCCAUAGGGGGACUGGAAGGGUUUAUUGAAAGGAGAUGUACUGCUCAGUGGCUCUGCAAGUGGCUUAGGGCAGGGUCAGAGUAUUUGAGGUGUGGAGCGUUUAAGAGGUGGGAGUCGUGCCGGUUUCAGAGGCUGAGAGAGAAGGGAGGUAUGGGAGAAGAGAGGUUUCUUCAUCGCCGCUCUCAGGAAAAGAAGGAUCCGAGCUCUGCAUCAGAGUUGAUUCAUCCUUCAACUGUGAAUCUCCUAUGAAACAUCUCAUUAAUUGGUUUCUUUCUUUUCUUCUCACCUUCAAAAGAUUGGUUGGAGCAAGAAGGGAGUGAGCUCUGCGUUGUCCACGGUGGGAAACUGAACAACAGAUUCAAGCGGUCAUUGCAAGCGGCCACCUAG